AUGUGCUCUUCGUUAAAUUCUGUCAACCUUUCAAUGAUGCACAGUGUCCAAAGUCUACAUUCGGCUCGAUAAUCUCGAAAAUAACCUCUCUAUGAAAACGUGUCAAGUCAUUCCGGUCACAUCUAGUUCCGAGGGAGGAGAUCCCCAAGUUUGAUAUUGAGAACCAUCAGUUUGUGGUACCCACAAAGCAAGUAGGGAUGGGGCCUGAGGAUAUUCCUAAAUGGGAAAACUCAGAGGCAUACAAGGACCUAACAGGAUUCAUUCAAGCCAUGAAUGAAGCAGUAAAAGGCAAGAAAGUUGGUGCUAACAGAUCCCUCUCACCAAUGAUUGUGGGCCUGUUGAAACUCCUGGAAACGUUGGACAGCUACAUAGCAGAGUGCCCACCAGUAGAUCAGCCUCAGAGGUUUGGAAACAAGGCAUUCAGGUCCUGGUUUGACAAGAUGAAACAAAACUCUCAAGAUCUCAUCUCAAAUCUCUUGGACGAAAAUUUCAAGAAGGCCAGUGAAGAGAUUGCAGUCUAUCUCUCUGACUCUUUUGGAAACCAAACCAGAAUAGACUAUGGGACAGGUCACGAGUUGGCUUUUUUGGCCUUCAUGUUGUGUUUUUACAAGCUGGGGCUGUUGGAGGAGUCUGAUGCUGAAGCUCUCAUUCUCACAGUUUUCACCAGGUACUUGGUUCUGGUGCGCAGGCUACAGCUGUCGUACCGUAUGGAGCCCGCAGGCUCUCAAGGGGUCUGGGCUCUUGAUGACCAUCAGUUCUUGCCCUUCAUAUGGGGAUCUGCACAGCUCGUUGGCCACCCAAGAAUUCAGCCAAAAUCUUUUAUAAAGCCAGAAAUCUAUGAACAUUUUGCAAAAGACUACAUGUUUCUAAGCUGUAUAAAGUACAUUAAUGAGGUGAAAACAGGUCCUUUUGCAGAGCAUUCAAACCAGCUUUGGAACAUAAGUGCCGUCCCCAACUGGGAAAAAGUCAACGCUGGUCUCGUGAAAAUGUACAAGGCAGAGGUAUUGGCAAAAUUUCCAGUGAUCCAACAUUUCUGGUUUGGCAGUUUGCUAAGUAUCCGCCCUGCCACAUGAUGCAUCAAACAGACAUGUGCUUGAACCCUUACCUUCUUAAUGCUGCUUCCGUAUUGCUCACCCAGUUGCCCAUAAAAUAGAUGCUUCCAAUAAAUUAGAAUUAAAAUCAAUUAAGCGCUAAAAUAUUAUGAAAUUAAUGCACUCGUACAUUGAGUGUUUAGGGGGUAAAUAUUUUAUACAAAAGAGCGUGAGCAUUUUGUUUGUGAUAAUCCAAAGCACAUUUGGUAAUAUUUGUGAUUUUGAUGGAAUGUAAAUUAUUCCUUUGACACUAACUGGCAAGGAAUUAACAUGUUCGUGAAGUUUCUGUGAAGUUGAACGGAUCUAUAUGCAAAUGGCUAGUAAAGCAAAAUCUGGCAAUUUUCCUACUUAGGUACUUUUGUCCUAGGAAGUCCCAAAUUCAAAUGGUUCGCCUCCACACCUGAAUAUUUGUUACGCUUUAUUAUCUCAGCCAAGUAUGAUGGUCAACAAAAAUUCACCUUUAAGACUGCUGAGAUUAGGUUCCUUUUAUUUUCUAAAUUUGACCCUUUAAACAUGGUUCAAUUACCGGUACUGAUUUGUUUUUUGCAAACAUAAGAUUUUUGUUAAAGGGGCCUUCUCACAGAUUUUGGCAUGUUUUGAAGUUUGUCAUUAAAUGCUUUAUAUUGACAAAUGUUAACAUUGGUUCUAAAAAGCUCCAGUAAAAAAUAGAAUAAAAUUAAUAAAAGAAAAAAAAGUAGACCGCAUCAGAGCUUGAACCAGUGACCCCUGGAAUCCUGGAGUAAAAACCAAUUAGACCUCUCGGCCAUCCUGCCAAGUAUGUAUGAAAGACGUAUUUUAUAUUUUAUAUAAGCAAUCUUCGUAGUUUCACAAAAUUAAACUACAACAACAAAACUCUCCAAUUAUUCAAUCGUUUCGCGUUGCAACGCUUUAUAAUUUUCAGGUUUUUAAAUCGUCAAAAGAUGCAUAUAAUGGCUAUAUUAGACCAUGGUAAAUGUUCAGUAUUACUGUUUCCUCACAAAUAUCAUAACUAAAACGAAAAUUUGCGAUUCUGAAACAACUUUUUUCAAUUUUGUCAAUUUCCCAAAACGUGAAAAGAUCCCUUUAAAGAGGCAAUAUUUGUUUAUUAAAAUCUCCUUUAAACGUGUUCUGCAAUCUCAAUUACAGAUGCUUGCAUAAAGUUGGGUACGUUUGGUAAGCAUGUGAGUCUUUGUUUGACUACAAUGUUUGUAUGUUUGUUAAAGCGAUGGGCAAAAGGCUUGGAAAUGUACAUCAUACACAGACUGAAUAUAAAUCUGACAUUUUGUAUAUUAUUGUACAUUGUUAUGUUUUAUUUUAUGUUAUAAAUACAUGUAAAUAGGAUGUAACUUUAUAAAGUGCUUAUAAUACUGAUAUGUAUUGAUUGUGAAUAAAUUUAAAUGCAA